UUGCCGGAACAGUUAAUGGAGGAACAGUUGAAACCAUCAAUGAACAAGGAAAUUCUCCACUCAGAAGGACACCGAGAAAUAUAAAAAAAUUAAAUUACAAUGAAAAGCUAAAUAGAGUGAAUAACACCAGCAAGCGAAUCUAUGAAGAAAUAUCAGACGAAGAUUCUAAUGACAAGAAGGCCAAGGAGAGAAAGAAGUUGGAGAAAAAGUUGAUUGAUAAUUUUAUUUCGAGAUUUAAAGCGAUAAAUGCGGAUGACAAAUGGAAACUUCCUUCGGGUAGAUAUGUAGAAGAUGUCUUAUAUGAUUGGGCAGUGACUCACCGUUCUGAAACACUCGCACACUCCUUUAUACUUGAUACAGACUGUCAAGAAGUCAUGGAUCUGUUUAAUCCGGAGGAAAAAGAAACAAUUUUAAAUACCAAUAAAAAAUCUUUUCCAGGUGUACAAGAUGAUAUAAAAAAAUAUGUCAUGAAAUAUCAUAAGAAAAACGUCAGCGAACUUCGACAAAUCGUUAUGGAACCAUAUUUGAAAGAUGGGGAGGUCUAUAAUCCAAAAUUACAUUACGAUCUGGAGUGGAUUCACUUAGUUUUUAAUAAAUUUGUUAUUGAAUGGGAACAAGGAGUGAAUGCGCUAGCAGAGGAUAAUUUGGAGGCAUGGAUUGUGAGCCAUGUAUGGACCUUUAUCGUUGAUAUGGCAUUAAAGGACAUUGAAGAAACGAAAAUUGGAAAGUCAGAUGGUGGUUCGUCCGCAUCAAAGAUGCGGCAGAAAAAUCGACAUAUUACUAAACUCCGUAAUAGCUCAAGAGAAAUAUUAGCUGGAGAAGUCGCUAGAACAGGCGACAUUCAUAAUAAAAAAUAUUUAGGAGAUAGAAUAAAAUUAUUAAAACUUAUGAAAGACAUGCUUGAUAUAAUAAUUGAAUCACUUCCGCCAACAACAAUUGAAAAUUACAGGAGUCUGUGUACAUUUGGAAUACAACUUUUCAAAAAUAAUGGCACCAUCUACGUUAUGGACCAUCCUGGAGGGGUCAUUGCACGAUUAACUAAAAAAGCACAACUAGAAGCACCUAUAUAUAUUGAAGGAAUUUGCGAAUUAAUUUUAUCAAUAAUUACAAUGUUGGAAUUGAAGAAUGCAAUCCGCGGGAUCCUCCAAAUAAUCGAAAAAAUAGAAAAUGACGAAUUAGAGGCCCAAGUUUUCCAGAGAAACAAUACAGGUGUUCAAUUACCACUUGUAGCAACAACACCAACUCCUAGAACUUCGCUCACAAAAAAAGAAAAAGUAAUUAGAGUAAUCCGUAAAGCAAACG